ACACACAUAACCCCACACUCUCUCUCUCUCUCUCUCUCUCUCCCCCCCUAAAUCCACAAUCCACCUUUCCCAUAAAACCACCUUUUCUUCAGAAUACAAAAACCACUACCCCCACUCCCACAGUCCCACUUCACUGUUUUUUCCCGACCAGACUAGUCAUAUCCUUACCUUUGUGAUUUUUGUACACUUCUCUCUCUCUCUCUCUCUCUCUCUCUAAACAACCAUUUUCUCGAUCCUCUUUGUCUUUGGUACUAUCUUACUUUGAUCGCAAUCUCUCCUAGCUAGCUCCUUGCUGUUGUUCUUCACCAAUUGAGAAUUCUCCUUGAUCCGGGGUGUGCUUUCACAAUUGAGCACUAAAAUUAUGUCACUGGAUAUGAUGGCAUCCGAACGUGUCUGUUAUGUUCACUGCAACUUCUGCAACACCAUGCUAGCGGUUAGUGUUCCAUGCAGCAGUUUGUUCACCAUUGUGACGGUUAGAUGCGGGCAUUGUUCUUAUUUGCUGUCAGUUAACAUGGGAGGUUCGCUUCAAGCUGUUCCUCCUCAAGUUCCCCAGAAGCAGCACCAAAGCUCUGAAGACUGUGGGUCAUCUUCCAAAUGCAACAAGUUUACUGCAUUUGAGACUGUCGAGCAUGAACAACCUAGAAUGCCUCCCAUUCGCCCCCCAGAGAAGAGACAGCGGGUUCCUUCGGCAUAUAACAGGUUUAUCAAGGAGGAAAUCCAAAGGAUUAAGGCAAGUAAUCCUGACAUCAGCCACAGGGAAGCUUUUAGUACAGCUGCAAAAAAUUGGGCACAUUUCCCUCACAUUCACUUUGGGCAAAAGCUGGAUGGUAACAAGCAAGCAAAUUAGGACCAGGCAUUUGCAGGAUCAGAGGGAAUACAAAAGUCUACUGGAUUAUACUAAGAGCUGAAGAUGAUCGAAGAGGGUACCCUGUCCCUUUGAUACCUUGUUUUUUUUUCUAUGCAAAAAGUACUGAAAGUAUUGAGGUUCAUGAAGUCUCUUUACCCAAAUCAGGAAGGCCCUCUUUUAUCGUGUGUGUGUGUGUGUCUUGGCCCUUUCUAACUCUUAAGAAGUGAUGCCUGCUAUUCUUGUGAUUGCAUUUAUUUUCUCUUGUAGUACAUUUCUUCCAGUAAAACAUAUUAUAUAUUUCUAUGUAUAUCUCCUCCACUAGUGUGCGAUUGUUUC